CAGGUCCGUCUCUCCGCGUUACCGCCCCGUUUUUUCGCUGAAGCUUUAUAGUAACGCUAACAACGGCUGAAUAUAAUUGUCACAGUGUUGGCUGAGGGAUAUUGCCAAAACCUUCUUUUACUAUGGGGAAUACAGCUUCCUGCUGCGUGUCGUCGAGCCCUAAACACCGGAGGAACAACCACUCCAGGCUAGAGCCCUACCGGCAGGAGCCGGAGCUGAGCCGCGAGGACACGUGCUGCAAUCUCCAGCACAUCAGCGACAGGGAAAAUCUAGAUGAUUUGCCCAUGGAGUAUAAUCCCUCAGAUCAUCCCCGGGCCAGCACCAUUUUCCUCAGCAAGUCACAAACUGAUGUUGCUGUGCGCAACAAGAGAGUUCGAGAAAAACGGAAAAGCCUUUACAUCAACCAUCAUUAUCCAGGCCCAGGGAGACGGAAGUACAGCUCUUGUUCUACCAUAUUUCUUGAUGACAGCACUGUCAGUCAGCCCAACCUCAAAUAUACCAUCAAAUGUGUAGCCCUCGCAAUAUACUACCACAUAAAGAACAGAGAUGUUGACGGAAGAAUGUUGUUAGACAUAUUUGAUGAAAAACUGCAUCCGCUCUCGAAGUCUGAUUUACCUGCUGAUUAUGACAAACACGACCCUGAGCAGAAGCAGAUCUACCGCUUUGUCCGAACCCUUUUCAGUGCUGCACAGCUCACUGCUGAGUGUGCAAUUGUCACACUGGUGUAUCUGGAGAGGCUUCUGACCUAUGCUGAGAUCGACAUUUGUCCUGCCAACUGGAAGCGUAUUGUGUUAGGAGCCAUCCUCCUGGCAUCCAAGGUUUGGGAUGACCAGGCAGUCUGGAACGUUGACUACUGCCAAAUUCUUAAGGAUAUCACUGUGGAGGACAUGAAUGAGUUGGAGCGUCAGUUCCUGGAGCUGCUACAGUUCAACAUUAAUGUGCCGUCCAGCGUCUAUGCCAAGUAUUACUUCGAUCUGCGCUCCCUGGCUGAAGCCAACAAUCUCAGCUUCCCCCUGGAGCCCCUCAACAGGGACAAGGCCCAGAAACUAGAGGCCAUCUCACGAUUGUGUGAUGACAAAUACAAGGACUUGAGGAAACUUGCCAAGAAGCGGUCAGUGAGUGCGGACAACUUGACAGUGGUGCGAUGGUGCCCAGCCAUCAUUUCCUAACACAGGCCGCUGUCUGCAUGGAGCAGAGAAAGAAACAAACCUGUCAGACAUACUGUAUCUGUAAACAGGUAGACCAGGUGGCCAGCAGUGCUGUGGGUUUGUCUGGAAUCCGCAGACAUACACACACAAUCACUUUUACAAGUGUGAUCACACCCUGUGUGGUUGUUGUAGAUAGAAGAAGUCCCACUGGCUGCCUGCAGUGAACCAAACGCAGCUGGGCUGAACCAAACUGAAGUGUGUGAGUGAACGCUGUUACAGUGAAAACCUUGACUGCAGAAGAGAAGAGCCCAAAUAGAAAUACAACUAGCAAUAUGAGAUUGUGUGAAGUUGUGAUAAGAAAAUAGGGACAAGUUUAAAGUAAAAUACGACUGAUGAUAGCAGUAACAGUGUUUGGAAUUCUCUCUGAGGCUCACCUGACUUGUACGGUUUAUUGAGAGAGGCAAUGCACAUUCCUCUAAGUUUAAUGUCCUGGCUCAAUCUGUUUCGUUCCUGAAGGAUGAAAUAUUGUUUUCUCGGCUUACAGGUCCACAAAAAUGAAGAUGUCCAAUUCCUUGCUUUUUUAGCGUUUUGUCGUUCUUUAUUUUUUCCUUUGCAUUCCAUUAUAGCAACUACCAGAUUCAAGUAUAUACAAAGGAGAGAUACAUACGUUCCACUAUUAAUUUGAGUGUACAGUACAGUAGAUAAAUGUGACUGGACUACAUAUUAUCAACCCUUCUUGUCAAAAUAUCUCACUGAGUAUUCAUUUAAAUUGUAGCCAUUUAAUUGACAAUUUCAUCUAUAGACACAGAACUGUUUACAAGUAACAGAACAGUUGUGCAACAAGAGCCUCCAGCCACCAUUCACACACAGCUAUUCACUUAAAGCAAUAUUCAUGCAUUGCCUUGUUGUGGGUCAAUAUAAAAAAAACUAUUUGUACUUGGAAGAAGACAAAGUGGAAGGUGGGGUCCUCUACUCUGAGAGAGGUGUGAGGUAUACUGUAGAAUUUCUGUUGUACUUUAUUCACUGCCAUUGUCCUGACCUGUGGUGCCUGUAAUACAGUAAGCUAAUUUAACAUUUCUUCCCUUUCUAAAGGAGGAAAAGAACAAAUAACUGAAGUAUUUUUAUUAAGUAUUUUCUAUGG